AUGCAGGUCCUACUCCUUGGCGGCCACGGCAAAAUCGCCCUACACCUCACCCCCCUCCUCCUCGCCCGGGCCUGGAACGUCACCAGCGUCAUCCGCAACCCUGCCCACGAGUCUGAGAUCCUCGCGCUCGCAAACUCGGAGAAGGCCAAAGGCAAACUCAAUGUCUUAGUCUCAAGCCUCGACGAGGUCCAAACCCAAGCGGACGCAGCUAAGAUCCUCAACGAAACAAACCCCGAUUACGUAGUUUGGUCAGCCGGCGCCGGCGGGAAAGGAGGCCCCACCCGCACCAUCGCAGUCGACGAAACUGCCGCAAAGGCCUUCAUCUCAGCGUCGUUCGCGCACCCGCGCGUGUCGAAAUUCCUGCUCGUAUCCUGGAUCGGAUCGCGCCGCAACAAGCCAUCGUGGUUCUCUGACGCAGACUGGGCAUCUUCGCAAAAUACCUUCAACAAUGUCCUCCCCACCUAUGCGAAGGCUAAGCUCGAAGCGGACGAGUUCCUAACUGCACAUGCGGCUGUGCGGGCCAAACAGGUAGCGAGCGGGAAGGCGAAUGUGCUAGAUGCGAUUUGUUUGCGGCCCGGGACGUUGAGCGAUGAGCCGGCGACCGGGAAUGUGAAUUUAGGGAAGAUCGGAUCACAGGGGAAGGUCCCGCGAGAGGAUGUCGCAAGGGUGGCGGAUGCCUUGUUGGCCCGGCAAGGAAGUAAGGGGUGGUAUGACUUGCUGGGGGGUGAGGAAAAUAUCGGAGAUGCAGUGGAGAGGGUUGUACGUGAGGGUGUCGAUACUGUCGAAGGGGAAGAUGUGGGUGCGAUAGUUCAGCGGUUUGAGCUCGAUGCUUAG